AUGGCUACAAAUGAUUGUCGACCAUCAAAUAUCUAUCGAAUGCCAGUUUAUCAAAAACGAAUUACUGGUCUUGAAAAAUAUAUAUCUGUUCCAUAUACUCGUCCUCCUUCACCUAUUACAACUGUAUUUGUAUCUCGACGACGUCAUUCAACACCUCCAGCAUCAACUCUACGUUUUGUUGAAGUCAAAGCAGCAUCAUCAAAUACAGUUGUCAAACAUUAUUAUCCGGCUACAAGACCAACACGUAUUAUUAGAGAAAAAGGUUCAAUAUCUGAUUCAGUUAAAUCCACUCCUUGUUCAGUUUCAUUAGUAAAACGACGUUUUCAAGAUGAACGUAGCGGUUAUACAGCAACAGCUCCGACAAGUCUUAGUUCAAUUACAGAUAUUAUUUUACCAGUAGCUAAAAAAAAUUGUAAUACAAUUGUUGAUACCCCAAAUCAUAUUGUAUCCGAUAUUCAAUCUCUUAAUCAUGAUUCAUCAACAAAAAAACAAUUAAAAAGAAGGGAACAAGCAAUGUCACUUGAUCUUGGAUGUGAUGUUUUUCUGUCUGAUGAAGAAGAUCAUGAAGAUUCAUUGCAAGAUUUUAUUUGUAAAUCAAAAUCAUAUAAAUGUGCUAAAUGGUGUCAAAAAAAGUGUUCUUGUCUAUUUUCAUUUUGUAAUAUUUGUCAAUUGUAUUAUACUUAUCCAUUUUGUGUUUGGGGUAUAUGUUUUGUCGUAGUACUUGUAAUGCUUAUCAGUAUAUUUAUAUCUGUAAGAGUUAUAUGGCGUUAA